AUGGCCCCGGUCGCCUCAGCUCCCGCGGCCUGCAGGCACCUCCCCGCAACGGAGCUCUUGGGCGAUGGCGCGCAGCAGCAAAAUCAGGAAGCUCUUAUUACUGUGUUGGGCAUAUGUCUUCUCAUUAUUGGCUUGUGCGCGUUCACUGGCGCUAUAUUGGUUUUACAACAGCUUCAGCAACCAAGUUCACGCACAGAGUCGGCAACCGUUGCCCCCGUCCGGCGAGCUUCAAAGCCGAUGGCGGCCACCACACAAUUUCGUCCUCUUGGCGAGGGCCUGCGGCAUCGAGGCGACCUAACACGGCAGACGAGCGGGAAGCUUGACCGCAGCUCGUCCCUACUGCUCACCUCCGCGGACGUAACUCCCACCUUGAAUUCCACCGACGUUUCCUUUGCACGUUCCUCCGUGGGCAACUUGGGCACCACAACUACAACCCCGACCGGAAUCACUUCUUCAGCUGCCGCCCAUCCAACAACUGCCACAUCAUCAAGCGGCGACGCGGCUCUGAUGUCAGGCUGCUUGCAGGUCACGUCUAGCAGCAUCUACAGCGGCACUGGCGGUGCACAUCCCAUUUCGGUGACCAAGCCGAUUGACGGAAUCGACAUUGGUUUGCUCAGUCGUAUCGACGAAGCCCUUUCCAGCGGUUACAUGCAGCCCCACCAGGCAACCCAGCUACUGAAAUCGUACGGCUGUGACCUGGAUGACCUCCUGCGCACCGAGCUAGGACGCGACUCAGCCGACGGAGAGGACGGCCCCGCCGCCGCCCGCCUCGCCUCCGCGCACGUUCUGGGUGCCGUUCGCCCUGCAGCCAGCACCGCCCCUGCCGCCACUACCAUCAUCCGUACCGCCCCUGCCGCCUCGCCUGCUACCACCCUCACCCCGGCCGCUGCACAUCUUAGCCCCGCUGCUACUGCUGCUGCUGCUGCUGCAUCCCCGCCACCGUCGCUGCCAUCACCAGGCACUGCUACAGCUGCAAACCCGCUCCACAAUAGUCUCCAACAGCAGCAGCAGCAGCAGUCGGGAGGCCUACAGCGGUCGGGAAGCUCCCAGAAAUCCCUGGUUUCGGGGCCAGAUCAACCCGGACACCCCCUGCCUCCUCAGCAGCCGCAGCAACAGCACCAAGGAGGUCUACGCAGCCAGGGAGGAUCCGCCGCCUCUAUGUCGUCCCUGUUAAGUACGGGUGGCGGCGGCGGUGGCGGCGGCGGUGGCGGCCAUAUUUCCGGUGGGGAUGGGGCUCCGGGCUCCGCCGGCUCGGCUGUCGUCAUCGAUGAUGCGUUGCUGCUGAAGAUCGACCUGGCAUUGGCGAGUGGCUGUGUGCGGCCUGAUCAGGCAACCCAGCUGCUCAAGUCCUAUGGCUGUGACCUGCCGCAGCAAUUGCUGCCACUACUUGGCUGUCUGCACAUCACUGCGGUUAUCACUUAA